UCCUGUGCUCAAGCAAUCCUCCCACCUCAGCCUCCCAAGUAGCUGGGACUGUAGGCUAUAUCUUCUAGUUUUAAUCUGUGAUUGUUUGCUCCAGCCACAGGCCUUGUUGCAGAGUUGAACAUGCCAUCCCUGCAGAUAGUCUGUCUUGGUUUGGGUUGAAUGUGGAAGCUGGAGGAGGGGGUAUGCUGACCAGAUCUAGUCAUGAAGGAGGCCACUCAGUAGCAUGUAAGUUUCAAGUCUGACAGCAUGCUCUCCAGGAAGCUGAGGGGCAUAGAAAGUUUGAGAACCCCUGCUCUGUAGUGUGUUAUCCAUCCUCAGCUAUGGCACAUAUCCUGUUUGUGCACAUCUUCAUUUUUCUUUUUUGCUGCAAACUCUUCAAGCUCCCUGAAGAAGCCCAUGCCUGACACUCAAUAGAUGUUUAAAAUAUUCUUGCACAAAUUAAUGUUCCCUUUUGUAAAUUCCUUAGACUUGUUAUCUCUGAACUUAACCAAAUUGGAAGGUACUCGGGCAACGAUGAGAGCUUUCACCUUAACUGCAAUCAGCCAUUCAGUGCAGAAGCCAUCUUCAAAGAAAAGGCAGAGCCAAGGGAGUCAGGGUAGAGCACCAACCCUACACUGAAGCCCACAUUUGAAGAAAGGAACUGGGGCAGAGCUGUCAUGACUGCUGGUUUCCUCUUACUAGCACUUCUGUGUACCAUUUUUCUUUAUCCCUUUUUUCAUGUCACAAUGAGGUAUAAUUUGAGCUGCUUUUAUUGUUCCCUAAAGAACUGGAUCAUUCUGUCCUCAGCCAGCAGAGCCACGUUCCUUAUGAGCACCACAGGUUUAUUUCAUUUUCCUACACCACUGACCCGAAUAUGCCCGGCGCCAUGGGGACUCCGGCUUUGGGAGAAACUGAGGUUGUUAUCCCCAGGAAUAGCUGUCGCUCCAGUCCAAAUGGCAGGCAAGAAGGACUAUCCUGCACUGCUUUCCCUGGAUGAGAAUGAACUCGAAGAGCAGUUUGUGAAAGGACACGGUCCAGGGGGCCAAGCAACCAACAAAACCAGCAACUGUGUGGUGCUAAAGCACAUCCCCUCAGGCAUCGUCGUAAAGUGCCAUCAGACAAGAUCAGUUGAUCAAAACAGAAAGCUAGCUCGGAAAAUCCUACAAGAGAAAGUGGAUGUUUUCUACAAUGGUGAAAACAGUCCUGUUCACAAAGAAAAACAGGAAGCAGCGAAGAAAAAGCAAGAAAAAAAAAAAAGAGCAAAGGAAACCCUGGAAAAAAAGAAGCUACUGAAAGAACUAUGGGAAUCAAGUAAAAAGGAAGAUAACAAAGUUAUUUAAAUGGUACACCUUAAACUACAGUGAACAGAGACCUGCACGAUUCAAGAAUAAAACUCGACCAGGCACAGUGGCUCACACCAGUAAUCCCAGCACUUUGGGUGGAUGAGGCAGGCAGAUCACUUGAGGUCAGGAGUUCUAGAUCAGCCUGGCCAACAUGAUGAAACCCCAUCUCUACUAAAAA